AUGGAGAAAGCAGAAAUCACACCUCCAGCUAGUGUUGCUGAGACAAUCAAUGCCACUUCAUGUGUGAUGGCUGGAGUGCACAGUGUCCAGGUUAGGAUGCGCACAGUUCAGCCCUUGUACCAGAAAGAUAUGAUGUGGACUCUUACAGUUGCCAAGAACUUCAUCUACAAGAGCCUGCUUCUAGAAGAGAGUGGUUUUACAGCCUCUGGUGACCCUGUCACUUAUGCUAUCAAAAUUGAUGGAAAAACAUACACUCUUCAUCUUGAAAAACAGUCAUUUUUAGACCCUCAUUUCCUGGUAUAUUCAUACAACAAAUCAGGAACAUUGUAUCCAGAUUCUUCAUUUACAAAGGGCCAUUGCUAUUAUCAAGGAUAUGCUGCAGAGAUUCCAAAAUCAGCUGUGACACUUAGCACCUGUUCUGGACUCAGAGGAUUAUUGCAGUUGGAGAAUGUCAGUUAUGGAAUUGAACCAUUGGAGUCUGCAGCUAUGUAUGAACAUAUACUUUAUCAAAUAAAGAAUAAUGAAAUUGAUUUUUUUUCUUUACAAGAAAAUGAUUCUACAAUCCAAACUGCAAAUCAGCCCUAUAAGAUUCUUGUGAAGUCAGAAAAAAAAUCAGAUUUCGUGCCAUUGAAAAAAACUCUGAAAAUACAAAUCAUUAUGGAUAAAGCCUUGUAUGAUUAUAUGGGCUCUGAAGUGGCAGUUGCAGUGGAGAAGGUUGUCCAUAUCAUUGGUCUCAUCAACACUAUGUUUUCCCAGCUAAAAGUGACUUUUAUGUUAACAUCUUUGGAGCUCUGGUCUGAUGAAAGUAAGAUUUUAUCUGAUGGGGAUGCUAAUGAAGUACUGCAAAGAUUUGUGUCAUGGAAAGAAAAAUUUUUGUUUCAAAGGUCCCGUGAUAUGGCAUUUUUAUUAAUUUACAGGAAUUAUUCUAAUUAUGUGGGAGCAACAUAUUAUGGAAUGGUGUGUGAUCCAAAACUUGCUGCAGGAAUUGCUCUGUAUCCAGACAGGAUAACUUCAGAGGCAUUUUCAGUUGUUAUGGCACAGUUGCUUGCAAUUAGUCUGGGAAUCACAUAUGAUGACAUCUAUACUUGUUACUGUCCAGGAGCUACAUGCAUUAUGAAUCCUCAAGCAAUACACUCCCAUGGUGUAAAGUCGUUUAGCAGUUGCAGUGUGGAUGCAUUUAAACAUAAAGUUUCACAACCAGAAUUAAAAUGUCUUCGGAAUCAAACUGUUUCAAAACUGGUUAUCCAAGGAAGGCAAGCAACAUGUGGCAAUGGAGUAAUAGAAACUGGAGAGCAAUGUGAUUGUGGCUUUCCUGAGACCUGCACCUUUAAAAAGUGCUGUGAUCCUGCUUCUUGUACACUGAUUGGAACUGCAGAAUGUGGCAGUGGACCAUGCUGUGAUAAAAAUUCUUGUUUGAUUCGUCCUAAAGGAACAAUAUGUCGGAUAAGCACAGAUCCAUGUGAUUUUUCAGAAUAUUGCAGUGGAAUGUCUGAGUUUUGUGUGCCAGAUAUGAAAGCCGCUGACUUAGAGCCAUGUAGUAAUAAGACCACCUAUUGCUUUGGUGGAAAAUGCCAAGAGCCAGACAGAUAUUGUAUGGAGUUAUUUGGAAAAUUUGCUAAAGGUGGUGAUUAUCUAUGUUUACAAGAAGUGAAUAUUCAUGGAGAUUCGUUUGGAAACUGUCGAGGGAUGUGUGAAUUUGGAAAUACCCUUUGUGGAAAGCUAGUCUGUCACUGGAUGCAUACACAUAUAGUGAUACCAUUGGGAGCUUAUGAUAUGCAAUAUACUUACUAUGCAGGUCAUGUGUGUAUAUCAGCAAAUAUGAGAAAUCCUGCUCCUGAAACGAAAACAUAUGUAGGUGAUGGCACUGCAUGUGGUUAUGAGAUGUUUUGUCAUGGAAGAGUUUGCAAACCUGUCAGUAAUUACAACAAUCCAGUAACCUGUAAUUCAACAGAGAAAUGCCAAGGACACGGGAUUUGUAACACUAGAGGCAAUUGUCAGUGUGAUUAUGGAUAUGCCCCUCCCAGAUGUUCAUCAUCACCGUCAUCCCCAGGAGGAAGCGUAGAUGAUGGGUUUUGGUUGUUUUCUGAAGUUUCACUAGGAUUUACCAAGAUGUGUUUUUCUUUGAAUUUAUCCUGUUUGGGUUGCCGAGAUUAUUGA